GCAGGCUCGAGGGGCGCCUGACAGCGUCCGUCCGCGCGUCCAGACGCCCGCCGGGAGGGACUUUCCCCGCUAGAAAACUAUUAGGAACUUCGCGCCCGGCUGGAGGAAACGGGCUCGCGGGGGGACGGGUCCUUCAGCGCCGCGCGUCCCGGGCGAGCCGCGCCUCAGCGCCUCAGCGCCUCAGCCUUCGAGCCGGACGCCCCUGCCCGCGCGCCUCAGCGCCUCGGCGCCUCACCGCGAGCGACCCCUGCCCGCGCCUCAGCGCCUUCUAGGCGCCUCACCGCGAGCGACCCCUGCCCGCGCCUCUGCGCCUCACCUCCUCAGCGCCUCAGCUUUGGAACCGGCCGCUCCUGCCCGCGCCUCAGCGCCUCAGCCCGAGCCGGCCGCCCCUGCCCGGGCGUCGGCAGACGGACGAGCCGUCCCUCGGCUCGCGGCGCGCCCAGACCCCGGGGUCGGGGGACUCCGGCCAGCGCGCGCCAUGGGCCGGCCGGCCGCCUAGUGUCGCGCCCCCACGAGUGCCCGGACGGCGGGGCGACGGGCCACCAUGAACGGCGAGGCCAUCUGCAGCGCGCUGCCCACCAUCCCCUACCACAAGCUGGCCGACCUGCGCUACCUGAGCCGCGGCGCGUCGGGCACCGUGUCGUCCGCUCGUCACGCCGACUGGCGCGUCCAGGUGGCCGUCAAGCACCUGCACAUCCACACGCCGCUGCUCGACAGUGAAAGAACUGAUGUCUUAAGAGAAGCUGAAAUUUUACACAAAGCUAGAUUUAGUUACAUUCUUCCAAUUUUGGGAAUUUGCAAUGAGCCUGAAUUUUUGGGAAUAGUUACAGAAUACAUGCCAAAUGGAUCAUUAAAUGAACUCCUACAUAGGAAAACAGAAUAUCCUGAUGUUCCUUGGCCAUUGAGAUUUCGCAUCCUGCAUGAAAUUGCACUGGGUGUAAACUACCUGCACAAUAUGAAUCCUCCUCUACUGCAUCAUGACUUGAAGACUCAAAAUAUUUUAUUGGAUAAUGAAUUUCAUGUUAAGAUUGCAGAUUUUGGUUUAUCAAAAUGGCGCAUGAUGUCCCUCUCACAAUCAAAAAGUAGUAAAUCUGCACCAGAAGGAGGGACAAUUAUAUAUAUGCCACCUGAAAACUAUGAACCUGGUCAAAAGUCAAGGGCCAGUGUCAAGCAUGAUAUCUAUAGCUAUGCAGUUAUCACGUGGGAAGUUUUGUCCAGAAAACAGCCUUUUGAAGGAGUCAUCAACCCUUUGCAGAUUAUGUACAGUGUAUCUAAAGGGCAUAGGCCUGACAUUAAUGAAGAAAAUUUGCCGUUUGAUAUACCUCAUCGAGCACUUAUGAUUUCUUUAAUAGAAAGUGGAUGGGCACAAAAUCCAGAUGAAAGACCAUCUUUCUUAAAAUGUUUAAUAGAACUUGAACCAAUUUUAAGAACAUUUGAAGAGAUAACUUUUCUUGAAGCUGUUAUUCAACUAAAGAAAACAAAGUUACAGAGUGCUUCAAGUACUAUAUAUUUUUGUGACAAGAAGAAAUUGGAGUUAUCUCUGGACGUACCUUUAAAUCAUCGUCCUCAGGAGGAAACAUGUGGAUCCUCUCAGGUUUAUAAAAGUAAUGGUUCUUCUAAUACCUCAAGAACCCUGUCAAAUCUUCAAUACAAUGAAUAUUUACCUAGGAAAACAGAAAAUAAUUCUGUGCUGCAUCAUUGUUCGGGGACUCACAGCUGGGAUGGUAAUGUUUCUGCAGCUCAAAAGGCAACAACACUCUGUGAUCACAGGACUUCCCCGUGCUCCCUAGCAGUAACAAAUCCACUCUUAGUUGAAGGAGUAUCAGUUUGUACAGAGCGAUUACAGCCUGGGAUUGCCCAGCAGUGGAUCCAGGGUAAAAGGGAGGACAUCAUCACCCAGAUGACCGAAGCCUGCCUUAACCAGUCACUAGAUGCCCUUCUGUCCAGGGACUUGAUCAUGAAGGAAGACUAUGAACUGAUUAGCACCAAGCCGACAAGGAGCUCAAAAGUCAGACAGUUACUGGAUAUCACUGACAUCCAAGGCGAAGAAUUUGCCAGAGUCAUAGUACAGAAAUUGAAAGAUAAUAAGCAGUUGGGUCUUCUGCCUUACCCAGAAAUUCUUACAGUUUCACAGUCACCAUCUUUAAAUUUAUUUCAGAAUAAAAGUUUGUAGGUGACUCUUAAAAGAAGAAAAGUUUAUUUUUAAAAAGUGUAUUUAUAUUUGUGUUGCCUUGACCAAAAUAGUUUUUUAUAAAACCCAUUUUAGUAUCUGAAGCUU